AUGGGUAGAUCAAAGAAAAGAUCCAGAAAUGCUAGAAAAUUGGCAUCUCCUUUAGAAAACAACAAUAAAGAAAAUGAAGCCAAACAAUUGGCCAAAAUCAUGCCAUUACUACAAAAUUUGCAGAGUGUUGUUCCUAAUGAAAAAACAAUGGCAUUGUCUAGCAUUUCUUUAUUGUGUGAAGAUCCUCAUUGGAGACAAUUGUUUUUAAAACAAAAAAUAAUAAAUAUAAUAAUGGCCAAGCUGAUAAAUGAUUCUAAUACGGAAAUAGUAGUUGAUUCUAUGGGUUUGUUAAGAAAUUUAUGCAUCGAAGAAGGUUAUGAUGUCUGUACCUACUUAUAUCGAUUAGAUGUUUGGAUCACUAUAAAAAAUGGGUUGUCUAAAGUCGAGCAAAGUAUAAACUUUUUAGAAAAUAAUACUUCAAAUAAUAACAAUUUAAAGAGUGAAAGCAUUAGGCUAGUAUUUGCUUAUGCUGAUAAUUUAAUAAGUUUGAUUGUGGCUUUAUCUAACGGGAAUGAACAGUUUUUUCAAGAUAUUAUCAAUAGUGAUAAAUUAGAACUUAUUUUUCAAAAUAUUACCAAGAUAUUGAGUUAUGGCGUCAGCACUAAUAAUGCUUUAAAUUUGAAGAUCCCUAUCAAUUUGUUUAACAGUAUUUUAGAUUUACUCUAUAGUUUUAGUUCAGAAUCUCUCGAUUUCAUCGAUUUGUUAGGUAAAAACGAAUACCUUUCGCAAUUUAUUGAACAAAUGAUUGAACACAAGAAUGAUAAUAGUCACUAUAAUGAAUUAACCUGUGUUUUGAUCGAAGGUCUUCAUUUGCAGCUUUUAGAUUUAAGAAUAACAUUAGAUCAAGCUUGUAAAAUAAGCAACAACGUGUGUUCUAUAAUUAAUAAUAAAAUCGACAUCACCAUGUUACAAUCCGAUUUAAAAUUAUUAAACGAAGAAAUCCCCUCAUCAUCAGAUUCAAACAUUGGUUCCAAGAUUAAAGAAUUGAGCAAGAAAAGAGAGUCCACUACGGUAAAGGUUCAAGCCAUCGAAUUAGGCAUGGAUGUAAUCACCGCCAUUUUAGAGAUACUUGGUUCUCAGCUAGAGGAGAAUCCCACCAACAUUAAUACUAGUGAUAUAUUUUCACAAUUUAUUAAUUCGCUACCUGCUUUCUUGCACAAACUUUACACUGGGUUUGAAAGUGCUACUAGUUCCAUAUUGACUGGGCUGAAAACUAGAAUUUUAAUAUGUUGGAAUAAUUAUUUGUGGGUAUUAUUGAAUUUGUCAGAAAACGGAGUUUUUGAUUUGCCUGACUCUUCAAUUUGGAAAAAUUUAUUACAAGAUUUAAACGGCAAUGCUGGGAAUAUUGAUGAAGAUGGGUUUGAGGUUGCUAAAUAUGGAUGUUUGUGGGCUUUAUUGAAAUCCAACACUUUGCUUGUGUUAAGAGAGAUACCCGAACCAUUAACGUUGGCCACUUCGUUAAUAACUCUGUAUAAAACUAAUUCAACUGAAGAUAAAUGUAGUACUAAAGGUGAUUCUAGUAGUAUCGAAUUGAAACAAAGGUUAAUAGGAUGCUUAGCAUGCUUGGGUAAGGUUAAUACCGAAUAUAAUACUAUUAUUGGAGAUUUUUUCAUUAAUGAAUUAUUGGGUAGUUUGGAAACCGAGCCAAUACUAAUUAUUGAUUUGUUAAAUAGUAUAUUUGAUAUUUAUGGAGAUGCUAGUUAUGAAUAUGAUUCAGUCAAUUUUGUAGAAAAGGAUAGAUUAUUAUUUUUGGAAUCUGUUAUCAGCAAGCGAAUUCAAAAUAUCUUUAAGCUUGUUGACAAAAAUAAGGAUCCGGGUUUAAAAACUGCUUGUACCAAUACUUUGGACAUUUUGAACAGUUUUGUUAGAUAUAAAAAAAAUGAGGGAGAUAAUAAUUAA